UCGAUCUGCCAGUGAAAAAUCAAAUAAGUCGUCCAUAUUUCUAUUGCGCUGUAUCUUGGUAAUAGUAGAAUUUUUGAGACGUGUGUACAAGUGAAAUUUUACAUUGUGGCCAAGGUGACGCCGUACCCGAGUAUGACAUAUUCCGGAAGGAAUAAAUUCGAUAUCGCUCGGUUUUCGGGCGAAGAUGACAACCACAUUAACAAAAAGCUACCCAAGGAGUUACUACUACGAAUAUUAUCAUAUUUAGAUGUGGUUUCCCUCUGUCGUUGUGCUCAGGUGUCGAAAUUAUGGAAUUUACUGGCUUUAGAUGGAUCAAAUUGGCAAAGGAUUGACCUAUUCGAAUUCCAGACAGAUGUGGAAGGUCCAGUUAUAGAAAACAUAUCGCACAGAUGCGGUGGUUUCCUGAGACAGCUCUCAUUGAGAGGCUGCGAGAGUAUCGGAGAUGGAUCUAUGAAGACAUUAGCACAAUCGUGUCCAAACAUAGAAGAUUUAAACUUGAAUAAAUGUAAGAAAAUCACAGACCAAACCUGUCAAGCUUUAGGAAGGAAAUGUAAUAAACUGCAAAGAAUAAAUCUAGACUCGUGUCCAAGCAUAACGGAUAUAUCGUUGAAGGCACUCUCAGACGGAUGUCCGUUGCUGACACAUGUGAACGUCUCCUGGUGUCAGUCGAUAACAGAGAAUGGCGUGGAGGCGCUGGCCAGAGGCUGUCCUAAAUUAAAAAGUUUUAUAUGUAGAGGUUGUAAGAAUGUGAAUGACAAAGCAGUCUCGUGUCUGGCUACCUACUGUCCAGAUCUGGAGGUGCUUAACGUGCAAGGAUGUGAUAACCUGACAGAUGAGUCCAUCUCGAAGCUGGGUGGCAGUAUGAGGAGGCUGUGCGUGUCAGGGUGUACCAGGCUGACGGAUGCAGCCCUGGCAUCACUGGCGGCCCGCUGUCCGGACCUGGUGACCCUGGAGUUGGCCCUGUGCGCGCAGCUUACCGACGCCGGCUUCCAGGCGCUUGCUAGGAGCUGCAGACUGCUAGAGCGUAUGGACUUGGAGGAGUGCGUGCUGAUCACGGACGCUACCCUGGUACACCUCGCGAUGGGCUGCCCCAGGCUGGAGAAGCUGACCUUGUCCCACUGCGAGCUGAUUACAGACUAUGGCAUCAGGCAGUUAUCUAUGUCGCCGUGUGCCGCGGAACACCUCACCGUACUGGGUUUGGACAACUGUCCCCUGGUGACUGACGGUGCGCUGGAACACCUGAUCUCCUGCAACAAUUUGCAGCUCAUCGAGCUGUACGACUGCCAGCUAGUGACGAGGAACGCUAUAAGGAAGCUGAGAAAUCACCUGCCGAAUAUAAAGGUGCAUGCGUACUUCGCCCCGGUGACGCCCCCGGCCGGGCCGGGCGGCGCCAGGCCGCGCUACUGCCGCUGCUGCAACAUCAUAUGAGCCGA